UUUCACACUCUCUCGCCAUCUCUCACUGCGAGAGAUUUCUUAAUCCUUGUUUAGCGUCUGGACGCUUGGGGAAUCACAGUCGAUUAACGUAUUAUUAUAAUACGUCGUCAUCUCCGCUUGUCGUUCAAUCUGAACUUGCUCUCUGCUCUUUCGACCGUUUUGUGUUGCGGAGACCGCACAUUCCUUCCAAACCACGUUCCUUACAAUAAAUAUUUCCCUAUUAUUCCUCGAAAACAUCGAUAUUACACUUUCUACAAUGGCCGAAACCGAAAAACCCGAGGCCAGACUCGAUGGCCUCGGCAUCUUCUGGAUCAUCUGGACCUUCGUCUGGACAUUCAUCGUCGCGGGCGGCAUGGUCUUCCUCUGGAGACGUCGCGACAUGCCCAUGCUCAGAAUUCGAGACCUCCCGGUUUCCUUCGCCGCCAUCAUCCUUCUCCAUAUCUACUGGGGAGCUAUUCAGACCGGAUAUGUUUACUUCCCGCUAUUUACACCGGAGGGCGAGUUCUGGAUCAUGAGCUUGUACUUCCCCUUCGGCAUCGCGUUGUUCCACGCUUCCAACAGCCGUUUCCUACAUGUCGCCAAGCAGCAGAAGGAACUGUUUGCUUCGGAUGAGAAGAUGCCUUCCAAGAGUCGUGUCAGACCUGGGUCGUUGCUCGGACGCUUUCAGGCGCUUGAUUACUCCAAGAAGAUUCUUGUUACGGUUGGACUGGGAAUGGUAGUCCAGUUCAUCCUCACCAUCAUCAUGUGGUGCUUAUCCAAGAAAUUCCAUCCCUCAUGGGGUGUUCCCGGCACAGAGGUCCAUCCCGGCUCCGAGGAGUACCGAAAGUCUCAGGUCGGAAAGGGCUGGGAAUGGUGGCCCUCUGUAUUCUGGCAGUUCCUUUGGGCAUGGAUCGUCGCCCCUUACAUCCUCUGGCAGGCCCGCGGUGUCAACGACACGCAGGGAUGGAGGACCCAAACCGUCGCAUGCUGCAUUGCCAACCUUCAUGCCACUCCUAUGUGGCUCAUCGCCUUGUAUGUCCCUGCCAUGGCACCCGUCAAUUACUACUGGAUUCCACCUCAAUGGCUUGCCAUCUCCAUCAUGGCCAUUGAGAUCUUUACCAUCUUCUGGCCCGGCUGGGAAGUCAUCCAGCACCAGAACCUCCGCCAAGAGACCCUCGACUCCAUCGCUCAAUGGCAGCUCAACAAAAGCGCUGGGACCAAUGGUGCUCGAUCUGUCGCUACUGGAUCUACGACUGUUGCCCCCUCUGCUCUGACGUCCUGGUCCAAGGACGGUUCUGUCAAGAGCAGCGCCUCCGGUGAGAGUAUCCUCACCAUGGAAGCUCUUGAGUACGUCCUUGAGCGCAACCCCGAGCCUCUUCAGAAAUUCUCAGCCCUUCGUGACUUUUCGGGAGAGAACAUUGCUUUCUUACGAGCUGUCGCAGAGUGGAAGUCUUCAUUACCGCCUUCUGUGCGCGACCCCGAGAAGAUCAAGGAGCCGUCCGUGCAAGAACUCGUCCGCGAGAGAUUCAACAGCGCUCUUCGCAUUUAUACCGGCUUCAUCAGCUCUCGCGACGCAGAGUUCCAGAUCAACUUAUCAUCGCAACAACAAAGAAGAUUGGAAGGCGUCUUUGAGAGCUCUGCGCGCAUUCUCUACGGCGACAAGAAGCAGGUUGACCCAGCGUUGCCAUUCGAGACAUUCCAGAUGACAACAUCACCCACCAAAGUCAAGUCCUCGGCUGCAUCAUCACACGGCUCCGAAACAGGCAUCAUGGCAGCUGACUCUGUCGCUGACGCUGGAUACAUGAGCGACAAGGCUAUGUACUGGGGUGACAUCCCCGAGGGCUUUGAUGCGACUAUUUUCGACGACUCGGAGAAGCACAUCAAGUACUUGGUGCUCACCAACACGUGGCCCAAGUUUGUCAAGGACCGACGAUGCUCAAUUGACUCCAAUGAUACCCUCGAGGAAGGAAACGGAAUUUCCAUGGCUAAAUGAUUUGACUGGUAACUUAACUGGAUUUACGGAUUUAUUUAUGGGAUGGGAGUUUGGUGAUUACAAGUGAUUCCCUCUUUCAUCUUCACUUUUUUACUGGGAAGGCUUCUUGGAGAUUCUAUGUAUUUAUUAAUGAAAAAAACGCGACUGCAUCGCCAGUCAUUCUUCUCCUUA